GCAGCCAUGUAAAUAUCAGCAAGCCAGAGUGAAGUUGUCGUGUGGCACCAAAUUAAUGGCCAUCAGUUUCUGUCACGUUCUACGUCUUCCUUCUCCUCCUAAAUCUUCUCUCUUUUCACCUCCAUUAAAAUCAUCGAGAAUCAAACUCUCUGCUGCUUCCGCUCCCUCACCGCCGCCAUCAUCCCAGAUGGACCUCCACAACCAGGGACGUGCGAAAUUCCUCGAGUUCCCUUUCGUCUCCGCCCCCCACAGGGCUCUGAUGGUUAAUCUCUUGUCGAAGGUAGAGGAUCGUCUUGGUUCGCAGCUCCUCCCUUGUACUCUUCCACUUGACGUACAACACUGCCAGAAUGAAAGUGGAACCUCCCAAGCCUCGCUUCACAUUAGAUCCGGUCUCCAAUCUUCCCCUGUUGAUUUCAUAUUGGGAAGUUGGCUACAUUGCAAACUACCAACUGGUGCAGCAUUGAACAUAACAAGCCUAAUAGCUUAUUUAAACCUUUCAACUGAUGCACCAAACUUCGUAGCCGAGCUUAUCCAGAGCAGUCCAACAUCUCUGAUCUUACUUCUCGAUUUGCCUCCUAGAAAGGACCUCGUUCUUUAUCCAGACUAUCUCCAGACUUUCUAUGAAGACUCCCAGUUGGACACCCACAGGCAAAUGCUUCAGAAACUCCCAGAAGUUCAACCUUAUGUCAGUUCAUCUCUUUAUCUUCGCAGCCUUUUCUCGCCGACAAGGAUAAUGAUUCGCAUAGAAACUGAAGAAGGCCGCAUGGAGGAGAUAUUGAAAGAUCAUAUAGAGCCAGUUGCAGUGGAAGUGCUUGGUUUCUGGUUGGAUCAUUGUGCUUGUGGAGGAGGGAGAGAGGUGAAGGAGGAGGAAAAGGCUUAUUUGAAGAAGAGGGAUGAGCUUGUUAAGAAGAAAAGCAUCGAGAUUGAUUUGGGAUCCAACUUGCCAAAGUUGUUUGGGCCAGAACUAGCAGAAAGAGUAAUGGGAGCUAUAAAUGAUGUUUAUAAUUUGUGAGCCUAAUCCUCCAAAAAUAUAAUUUUAUUAUUUUAAUUAUGAUAAAUAAGAAGAAUUAUCUUCUUAUUAUAUAUUUUAAUUAAUAUUUUAACUAUAAUUAUAAUAAGGUUAAUAAAAUAAUUGUGGAAAAAUCAAAGAAUUCUGUACUCACAAAUUUUUAAUGAGUAAAAGAAAAUGAUUGAUAUGUAA